AUGACAGAACUAGCAAGAAGUGCUAGAAUAGUUAAAGUUUUACCCAAUAAUCUUUUGCAUCUUGAAUUGUUGAAUAAACUUAUAAACAAAUCUACUAGCUUUCCCCACAUUUGGAACGGUACCUAUACUCAUAUUCAAGUAUUAACUGGUAUUAGUGGAAAUCUUUUAGAUUUCAGAAGAAUACCUUUAAGGGGCCUACAUAGCGAUAAAAGUUUCCAACUCAAAACUAGGCUUAGAUAUCGGUGGGACUAUUGUCAAAUUAGCUUAAUUUGUGAAAAGACUGGUGGAAUUGGUAAGUAUAUUACUGAUGAUGUUACCAAUAAAUUACUCAAUGGAUAUGUAGUCAAGUACAAGGGUAAUCAUAGUGAAUUACCCGAAUUCAGUAAAAAUGACGAUAAAGUGGUGAAAGAAAUGUAUCAUUCUGAGCUUACGGGACCAGUAAAACAGAUUCCCUCCAUAGAAAUUAGAGGGAGUAGGUCUGAACUUGAUAUUUCAUCCAUCAUGAAACCUAGUUCUGUUCGAUAUGCCCAUAUAUGUUCAUAG